AUGAGUUACAUGAAAAAAGAUGAAGACGCGGACCAGGUCAUGAUCAAGCUUGAUCGGACCUCGGUUUUCCAAGAUGCUCGACUAUUUAAUUCUUCUCCAAUCUCACCGCGGACAUGUCGUACCCUCCUGACCAAGAUUGCGGUCCUCAUCUUCACCGGGGAGCAGUUCCCUACGAACGAAGCCACCACUCUCUUCUUCGGCAUCUCGAAGCUGUUCCAGAACAAGGACCCCUCAUUGCGACAGAUGGUGUAUCUCAUUUUGAAGGAGCUGGCUAAUACUGCGGAGGAUGUGAUCAUGUCGACUAGCAUCAUUAUGAAGGACACCGCGGUCGGAAGUGAUGUGCUGUACCGGGCUAAUGCUAUUCGAGCUCUUUGCCGCAUCAUCGAUGCCUCGACAGUCCAGGGUAUCGAACGCCUGAUCAAAACUGCCAUUGUGGACAAGACUCCUUCCGUCUCAUCUGCGGCUUUGGUCUCUUCCUAUCACCUGCUUCCCAUUGCGCGCGACGUCGUGCGGAGGUGGCAGAGCGAAACCCAGGAGGCGGCUUCCUCAUCAAAGUCAUCGACCGGUUUCCUUGGCUUCUCGUCUGGCUCGCAGGCUCAUGCCAUCUCGCAGUCGAACUUCAUGAACCAGUACCACGCAAUCGGUCUUCUGUAUCAGAUGCGCUCGCACGACCGUAUGGCGCUGGUGAAGAUGGUUCAACAAUAUGGCGCCGCCGGUGUGGUCAAGAGCCCAGCGGCCUUGGUGCUACUGGUGCGUCUCGCUGCCAAGCUGGCGGAAGAGGACUCAGGUCUCCGGAAACCUAUGAUGCAGAUGCUGGAUGGCUGGCUCCGUCACAAGCACGAAAUGGUCAACUUCGAGGCUGCGAAGGCGAUUUGCGACAUGCGCGAUGUUACCGAUGCCGAGGCGUCCCAGGCCGUUCACGUUCUCCAGCUGUUCCUGUCCUCUCCACGAUCCAUCACUAAAUUCACCGCUAUUCGUAUCCUUCACAACUUCGCGUCCUUCAAGCCCCAUGUUGUCAACGUGUGCAACCCCGAUAUCGAGUCUCUCAUUUCCAACUCAAAUCGUUCCAUUGCCACAUUCGCCAUCACUACUUUGCUCAAGACGGGUAACGAAGCUAGCGUCGACCGUCUGAUGAAGCAGAUUUCGGGCUUCAUGGCCGAUAUCACCGACGAGUUCAAAGUCACCAUUGUUGAGGCCAUCCGCACAUUGUGUCUCAAGUUCCCCAGCAAGCAGGCUGGUAUGCUGACUUUCCUGAGCGGCAUUUUGCGUGAUGAGGGCGGAUAUGAGUUCAAGCGAAGUGUUGUUGAGAGCAUGUUCGACCUUAUUAAGUUUGUGCCCGAAAGCAAGGAAGAUGCUCUUGCUCAUCUUUGCGAGUUCAUCGAGGAUUGCGAGUUUACCAAGCUCUCAGUCCGCAUUCUGCACUUGUUGGGUGCUGAGGGUCCCAAGACUUCGUCUCCUACCAAGUACAUCCGGUACAUCUACAACCGGGUUGUCCUGGAGAACGCCAUUGUGCGCGCUGCUGCGGUCACUGCUCUUGCCAAGUUUGGUGUUGGCCAGAAGGAUCCUGAGGUCAAGUCUAGUGUACAAGUCCUUCUCACCCGCUGUCUCGAUGAUACGGAUGACGAGGUCCGUGAUCGUGCUGCGCUUAACUUGCGUCUUAUGGGGGCCGAGGAUGAGAUCGCUAGUGCAUUCAUCAAGAACGACUCCAUGUACUCGCUUUCCACCUUCGAGCACCAACUUGUCAUGUACGUGACAUCAAAUGACAAGCAGACAUUUGCCGCCGCCUUUGACGUUUCUACCGUGCCCGUUGUCUCCCACGAGCAGGCCUUGGCCGAGGAGCGGACUAAGAAGCUCACCACUGCCACACCCACUCUCAAGGCCCCGUCUACCGGUCCUCCGAAGGGCAAAUCCAACGGCGUUGCCGAGGCUGCCACCGCUGCCGCGACCCAGAAGUAUGCCGAGCAGCUCAUCCAGCACCCGGACAUCAAGGAGUACGGUGCCUUGCUGAAGUCGUCCAUGCCUGUCGAACUCUCUGAGAGCGAGACUGAGUAUGUUGUCACUGCCGUGAAGCACAUCUUCAAGGAGAACAUCGUUGUGCAAUAUGAUAUCAAGAACACCCUCCCCGAUACUGUCCUCGAGAAUGUGACUGUCAUCGCAACACCGUCCGAGGAUGAUCUCUUGGAGGAUGACUUCAUCAUCCCGGCUCCCAAGCUCUCGCCCAACGAGCCCGGCGUCGUCUAUGUGGCUUUCAAGAAGCUCGGCGGAGAGCACAGCGUUCCUGUUACCUCCUUUACCAACAAUCUUAAGUUCACUAGCAAGGAGAUUGACCCCACGACUGGCGAGCCAGAAGAUGAAGGCUAUGAGGAUGAGUACCAAGUGGAGGACCUUGAGCUUACUGGAAGCGAUUAUGUGAUCCCGACGUUUGCCGGCAGCUUCGACCAUGUCUGGGAGCAGACUGGUGCCAACGGCGAGGAAGAGAGCGAGACUCUGCAACUAAGCAACAUGAAGGGCAUUGCCGAUGCCACGGAGCAACUGAUCUCCGCCCUGUCUCUCCAGCCCCUGGAGGGCACUGACGUUGCCCUCAACAACAGCACCCACACUCUCAAGCUCUUCGGCAAGACUGUGUCUGGCGGCCGUGUCGCCUCCCUCAUCAAGAUGGCAUACUCCAGCAAGACCGGUGUUACGACCAAGAUCACGGUGCGGGCAGAAGAGGAGGGCGUUGCUGCUGCGGUGAUUGCAUCUGUCAAUUAA